ACUUCCGCUCGUUACAUCAUCGCCAAGGUCCCCGGCUAUCGGCCGUAGCCGACGAGCUAAGCAGCCGCGAAGGACGGCAGCGCCGCCACAGCCGCUUUUAAAAAUCAGCAGCGCCCGAAAUCAACCGUUUUCCCCGCGUGAGAAGCCGCUUGUGUCGCCGGUACCUACGUUUGUUUCCUGAGAGGAGGACGGCUCUCAAAUACCAAAGCGAAUUGCGGACAAAACCUGAGCUGCACCCCCAUUCCCCUACCCCCCCCAUCAGUCAGAGAACAUGGCUCAGGAGACCAAUCAGACACAGGUGCCAAUGCUGUGCACUACAGGAUGUGGCUUCUAUGGUAGCCCUCGCACCAGCGGCAUGUGUUCAGUCUGCUACAAGGAGCACCUUCAGAGGCAGCAGGGAGGCGGCCGCACAAGCCCUCCUGGAGAGAAAGCUGCUACGCCACCUGCAGGACCUAAUGAUGGCAUUGGCUUUUCUGUUGAAAGUGUCCCAGAGCCCAGUACCGAUGAGGCUGCCCAGUCUGAAGAAAGGACAUCAAGCUCCCCCAGUCCAGUUACGCAGCAGAUGACCGCUAUGAGCAUCAGCCAGGAGAGUGCAGCUGCUGACUCUGAUCGGGCUGAGGAAGAGGAGGAGGAAGGGUCAUCCACUCCCAAGGGUCCGGCCCUGGAAGCGGCACAGGCUUCUUCUGAUGGAGACCAGACCCCUGACAAAAGUAAGAAGAAGAAUCGCUGCUUCACCUGUCGGAAGAAAGUGGGCCUCACAGGCUUCGACUGCCGUUGUGGGAACCAGUUCUGCGCCAUCCAUCGUUACUCUGACAAACACGACUGCCCCUAUGACUAUCGAGGAGCUGCUGCAGCCCGUAUUCGCAAGGAGAACCCUGUAGUGGUGGCCGAGAAGAUCCAGAAGUUGUGAGAAGGAAGACGGAGAGUCCCUAGAAACGCAGGCUCGGAACAAAUGAUGCGCAGUGCCGGACGAAAUGACUUUCUUCACUUGUACUCUGUAGGGCAAGGAGGGUGGGGCUUGUAUUAGAUUCCACCGAGUGCUUGCAUAUUCGCCAUCUUCCUUAUUACAAGUGAUGGUGCGUGUGGCCCAGUGGCUGGUUUGGAUGUUUGUGUUCUCCUUUGAGAGAGAGCAAAAUGGUGAUGUUGCGUUUGGAAGGUAUCUGAUACUGCUUUGUGGGGGGUGGGGCAUUUUUAGUUUUAACCCUUUUUCUGAACUUUUUGAAGUGUGUGUGUGGUUUUGUAUUUCCCCCCCAGAUGUUAGGUAAAUGUGCUUGAAGGUCACCUAAGAUACAGGAGCAGCUUUAGCAAACAGCAAAAUAGUGAUCUGUGGGAAUGACACGCGAGGCACAGUUAGCAGUAAAUGCAGUAUUGCGGUAACCUAAGGAUGGUAUUUUCCCCAAGUGAAUGGACUCUGCACUAUUAGCGCUCUGACGAUGUAUGAGGAUCCUCCCCCUUUAAAAUACAUGAUCUUAACCUUUAUCAUACUGAAAUAACCUUUUAAGAGGUGGAGGCUGUGACAUUGUGAAAAGAGUGAUUGAGAUUUUUUUUCUUUUUUCGUGCGUAUGAUACCAUAAGAUCUAUAUUAAUAUAUUGUAGCUAGCUUGAUUUUUGUGUGAUUGCAUUCUAUUUAUUUUCUUUUUGAUUGGUUUUUAUUGAAAGAUUGCCAGCAUUGCGGGUGAAUCAUGAGGUUUGUGCUUCUUUUAACCUUUUGGAUUAUGCAUUUUUGAUUAUAUAUCCAACAAGAGAAAAUACAAUUUAUUAUGUAAUGGAGUAGAGUCCUGUUAAUACAAUAUCCGGUUUAUGGACAAGGGUAGUUCAUUAGCUAGAAGUUUUUAAUUGAUCUGCUAUGUACUUUGGGUGAGGAGAAUUCCUGCAUAGGCCAGAUACUUUCAGAAUUACUUUUUACAUUUCUAGUGAUGGUACAUUAAACUGAAGUGUGAGAUGUAAAGCUAUACACACUUGUCCAUUGCUGCAAGACGUAGUUCAUAAUUUGAGCAACGCUAAUACAGUAGCUGAGAAAAGAUUCUGCUGUCAGCGAGCUGAUAAAGAACUGGUCUAUAAUGAUCCCAAGAAGAAACAUCUCAUCUUAAAGUUUUAUCUUUUGGUGAAGAAAAUCCAUUUUGUUUGUGAAAUUGUACUGGACUGAUUUGACAUAAAGCAGUAAUGAAGUCAAUAUCUACAUACCCUGUACGUUUGAAGAGAAAGUGUCAUUACUUGGAUACAAACUUUUUCCAGAAAUUAACAUUCACUGAUAAAGAAGGCUGCCUGAAUGCACAUGCAACAUUAACACAAUGUAUUGACUGGUAACGUAUUAUUGAACCCUGAAUUAAUGGGACUCUAUUUCAGAUGUAAAUACCAUAUGGUUACUAUUAGUAUAAUCUCGUAUGUAGAAUUUUCAGAUGAGUGUGAAAGAAGGGUUACAUAUUUAUUUGGUGUGUACACAGUGUUUCAUUGCUCGAUUGCAGCUGGUUUUUACUCGUGAGAGAAUGCACUGGCACUGCUGGGAUUUAGCGCCCCCCACUGGCAGGCCGUGCCUCUGUCCUUGAGUUGUGGUGGCCUCAGUCAAAGGGCUGAGGCUUAACUUAUAUGAUGGCAUUGAAAUUCCCCCUGACUCCCUGUGCUUUGCUUCUUCAGUGCUGCUCAGCAAACGCAGACAGAUGCACAUCGGUUUGUUAGACAGGCAUUUCAGUAUGGCUUCUGUUUGCUAAGUGUCUUCAGGUUCUGCUUGUUAUACUGUUGAACUGACCUCCAGGUUGAAUAUGCUUCAAGUCUCUGUAGCAGAUGGUGAGCAACUUUGCCCAUUUUAAUUUUAUUAUUAUUAAUUUUUUCUUUUACACCAUGCAAUUUCUUAACCAGACCUCACAUUGAAACACAUUGAAUCCCAGUUAAUGCAGAUGAUGCUGAAUGUGUGCUAUAUAUAUAAAUAAAUUUUAAAAUGCCUCAAAAUGUCAUACCUUACUAUAUAUAUAUAUAGAUAGUAAGGUAUGGCAUUUUAAAAUGGAGAAUUUACACAUCCCCCCCGCCCCUCUGAAUGAUUUUCCCUUCCUGUGUCAAAUACCCAGUCAUUUUUUUUCCUUUCUGGACUUACGCCAGCUUCCUCACGUCCACCUUUUAUAAACAAAAUUAAGGCCUUGUUUUUAUGGACCUAAACCUCUUGCAGAAUGGCCAGGUGAAAAACUAUUUGGAAGUACUGGCAUUUGUCUUCACAAGGUGAUAUUGACGACUUCCUAAUCUGAGCCAGCUGUCAUUCAGAUUAAUUAUGAAAGAGUUCUUGCUGUUUUACUUCAGGCAGUAAGUGGUACAAUUUUUUUUUCUGGUUUGCAGUUUGUUUUUUUUGCACAAGAGGGUUGAAUGUCUUGUGUAGCCUGCAAAUGAGUACAAAUGCAAUGAGCUUCUGAAACGAGCCCUGACAUUACUUGGACGACGUAUGUUUGUGAGCUACUCUCCUGUUUUAAGGGGAUACAUACUACAUGUGAUUAACCUUCCACAAAGCCUUAUUUACUUUGGACUCAAAUAAUGAGGCUGGUUGCUCCAAAUGGUGUCUGGGUGUCGGCAUGAUUGUGAGGUCAGUUGUACAUGGUGACAAUCUUUCAUACAUAAUGAAGCGUGACCUGGCGCUGGCCCUCUGGAUUGGACCAGUGUUUUCUCCAGAGGCUGAAGCUGCACCCCAUUACAUUGUGCUGUUUCUUUUAUGAAAUACCAGCAGCCAUGUUUUGGUAACUUAAAUACUCUACUGUGGUAGUUCGCACUGGCUACAGGAGCCAGGAAAUUGUACUUGGCAAUACACAGUCAAAUAUGAUUUUGGUCCCUGCUUUCUGCUAAGGAAACUGGUUGCCUGCCUGGUUCAGUCAUUGUCCUCAGCUGGGCGAAGUUACGGUGAAUGAAUGGAGGUCUUUGUUCAGGAAUGAGCAUAACUGGAGUUGGCUUGGAUGUCUUUCUAUAGCCCGGUAAUGGCUAGUAGGAAGUGUGCAGUAGUAAAUGGGAUUGGUGAAUUAUGACCCCAGCAUGAUCGGUGAAGGAAGAAGUCGCUGGAUUCGUUUCAGGGCAAGGAAGCUGCAUGGCAGGACGUCCCAGCAGUCAGAGCACCUUGGUUAUUUGAAAUACCAGUCAGCCAUGUUAGAGAUUCUACCAGGUAACACUUUUUCUGUUUUUAUAACCUUUAGGAUUGUAUGGUGUGUCCAACUAUGUUUAAAACAAUAAAACAAAGUUUAUUUUAAA